AAGUGAAGAGCACUUCCUUCUUUCCCCAUACAGCACAGUUCAACACAUAAUGAUACGAUGGGAGUAUCUUACAAACUUGAUAUGGAGCCCGAAAAAGUGGGUGAAUGUUGUAUUUUGUAAUCUAAUUUUCGAUUCGUAAAGGUGGAAACUUUUGGAAGGAAUGAAAAAUCUGUUCACAGGCUAUUUAGUUAUUUAACAUACGUGGUCGGCGUCGCCUUUUCCAUGAUAAUGGCAGCAACGUAAGACAACUUUUGGAUUUACGAUUGAUGAAGAAUAAAAGGCAACUUGAGGCACCUCACAAUUUCUAACUCAUUGGAUUCAGUGGAACUGGAACGCAAAAUGAAGAAACAGUUUAACCGCAUGAAACAGCUCGCCAACCAAACAGUUGGAAGAGCAGAGAAGACAGAGGUGCUGAGUGAUGACCUUCUACAGAUCGAAAGGAGGAUGGAGCUGGUUCGUCUUGUGUCUCACAAUGCCCACAAGAGGCUAGUGUCUUGUCUGCAGGGACAUACUGGCACAGACGCAGACAAGAGACACAAAAAGCUUCCCCUGACGGCCCUUUCCCAGGCCAUGGAAGACGGUGGUGCUCAGCUGGGAGAGGAGAGUUUGAUUGGGAAGAUGAUUGGUGUGUGUGGGGAGGCUGAGAGCAAGCUGGCGUCUGAACUGAUGCAGCACGAGGUCCAAAUAGUCAAAGAUAUCCUCGACCCUCUCAACCUGCUAGCAGAGGUGGACAUUCCCAACAUCCUGAAACAGAGGAAGCAACUAGCCAAGCUGGUUCUGGACUAUGACUCAGCCAGAGCCAGGUGGCACCAGGCAACCAAGUCUGUCAUCAGUGCUGGCAACAGUCAGGCGAUGGCCGCCAAGGCCGACUCCCUCAAGGAUGAGAUGGACGAGGCUCUAAACAAAGUGGAAAUUUGCAAGGACCAGCUGUCUGCAGAAUUGUACAACUUCUCCUCUAAGGAAGGGGACUAUGCACGAUAUUAUGUCAUGUUGUUAGAGGCCCAGGCAGACUACCACAGAAGAUCUCUCUCAGCUCUUGAGGCAGUCCUGCCCACCAUCCAGGCACAGCAAGACUCGUGGAUGGAGAAGCCAGCUUUCGGCACAGUCCUGGAGGAGCACCUAAAGAGGAGUAACCGUGAGAUCGCCCUGCCCAUCGAGGCCUGUGUCAUGAUGCUGCUGGAGACAGGCAUGAAGGAGGAGGGCCUGUUCAGAAUCGCAGCGGGGGCCUCCAAACUGAAGAAGCUCAAGGCAGCGCUGGACUGUUCCACCUCGCAGCUAGAAGAGUUUUACUCUGACCCCCAUGCCGUAGCUGGAGCCCUGAAGUCCUACCUCAGGGAACUACCUGAACCCCUCAUGACCUUUCAACUGUAUGAUGAGUGGAUUCAAGCCUCCAAUGUGACAGACUCAGAUAAGAGACUCCAGGCUCUGUGGGUAAUAUGUGACUCAAUGCCAAAAAACCACAAGGCCAACCUCAGGUAUUUAGUGAAGUUUCUGGCUAAGCUGGCUCAGGAUAGCGAGGUGAACAAGAUGUCUCCCAGUAACAUCGCCAUAGUGCUGGGUCCUAACCUGUUGUGGGCCAAGAAUGAGGGAACUCUGGCAGAGAUGGCAGCUGCUACAUCUGUCCAUGUAGUAGCCAUCAUAGAACCCAUCAUCCAGCACGCUGACUGGUUCUUCCCUGAUGAGGUGGACUUCAAUGUGUCAGGUAUGUUUGCCAUGCCCACCCACACGCCUGUCCUGGAUUCCGAGCCAGGCGCCUUCGACAGGAGACGCCCAGGGAGCCAGGGGUCGGAGGGGGAGAGCGUCCGUAAAGACAGCCCUGUUAACAAACAGCCGGAUUACCCCCCUCGUAGAUCUGGCACCCAAAAUAGAAAACAGCAGCAGCCCACCUCACCUGUCUUCCAGCCCUCCCUGCCCCCCCUGGAGGCCGGAGGCCUCACCCAGUCCAAGUCCCAGACCCAGACCCCGUUUGGGGGUUCUGAGGCUGGGCAGCCUGGCCUGGGUGGUGGGGAUGGAGGUCAGGGUGAAGUCCAGGUAGUCCAGGGGCAGCCUGUGGUUUUCAGCUCUGAGGAGAGCAGUCCAGCCCGUGACCCUGCAUCCACACCCCCUCAACAGAGGAAUGGUUCAGCUCAGCUCAUGGUGGGGACCCCGCAGUCCCAGAGUGGGUCCAGGGGUCCCAGUCCCCACAUGGUGCGCCGAGGUACUAAGAAGCAGGCCCCCGCCCCCCCCCGACAGGCCCCCUUCAUAGCUCAGUCCAGCAGCCAGAGUCCGGCCCCCCCACAGCCCCAGCCCAGAGCUUCCCCCAGCCCAGCAGCCAACAGCCCCUUUCCCUCCAUCAUACCCCGACGCCAGUCUGGCAAAGAUGGCCACAUUCACGCCCCCAGCCACCCACCCCCCCAGCCUCCCCAACUCCUUCAACCCCAGGGGGAUCCUGACCUCUCCCCUCCCAGAACCCCCACCCCUCCGGGCACCCCCACACAGGACAGCCCCCCCUCCAACCCCCUCUCCUCUUUUCAUUCAGGCUCCCUCCCCCGACCCACUAGGCCCGCCCCUAAGCCCCGCCCCCGGCCCAGCAUGCCUCCUCCCCCUCAACCCUCGGGCGGAGACGACAAUGGGAUCUGUAGCUCUGCCUCCAAGAUCAUCACAGAUGGAGGCUUGUCCCUAAAGGGGAUUGGUCGAGCCUUUGUUCCGGAAAUUGCUGUGGACCAAAAGGGGGAGAGCUCUGCUGGUCAGGAGCCCACCCCCUACUUGGCCCUUCCCACUCAGCCUGACAUCCAGUCUGAAAGCACUAGUCUAUGAGAAGGGAGGAGCCACAGCAACUGAAAAGCAUUUUUCCUUCACCUGAUUGGUCGAUAUCUUCACAAUAUAUUUGGCAAACAGCCUUUUAUUAGUCAGACACAAGAUCAGACCCUUAAGAGAUGACCUCUGAGCAUUCCUGUGCUACAAACAGAGACAUACUGGAUCAAACCAAAGCCUCAUCAUAUGUGCAUAUGGACCUUAUGACUUCCCUUCGAACAUUGGCCCAGAACUAAACUACCAAACAUGACCUCUGGCAAUAUUAGCUCAUACAAUAUUCUUCUCUUAAAUUGAAAAAAUGUAGUAUGGACCAGUCCCCUCGCCAAGCCUUACUGGGACUUGAACCUAAAUCAAAUAAAGCCAUUGCAUUUUGAAAACAGGUAUCUUGCUGUAUACUGGGACUGGGCCAUAUAAACUCUGAACUUCUGCUGUCUAGCUUAGCUUCCAUUUCAACUCGAUGCUAUUGGUCUAUCAUUAUAUGUCAUUCCGUGUGAAAGCAAUCAAGUUUGAAUGAGUUUCUCAUGUAAAAGGAAUUUUGAUAUUGAGUGGGGAAGGACAUUGCAUUUAUACAUUUAAAAUGAGAGCUAGUAUUUUUCUACCGUAUAUGCAAGGUUUUUAAGUUGGGAAUGUUUCUCAUGGGAGGAAGGGUGCCUUUUAAUGUGUUUUCACAUAUCUUGUUGUUAUUGUUGUAAUGCUCUUCUUUUAUAGUUUGUAUGGGCCAAAGAAUGCUUUGUUCAGUCUCUUAAGUGCUUUUCAUAACUGACACAUCGUUGAUGUGCUUGCACACAUUCAGCAAAUCCCAAAUUGCAGGUAGCAUUAUAAAACAAAUUCAAAUAUGAGAAACAGAGCCCCCAAUUCUUGUUAACUUCCGCACUUUCCUUCAUCUCGAGUUUGAUUGACAGUGGUUUCACAAGAUAAGCCUCACUGAAGGUGAUUGACGGAACAUAAUUGGCUCAAAAGUAGCGGGUUGCUCCAUAAUUAGAAAUUGACAUUCCACAGGCACUGUGCUGUUGCUAAACAACAACUCUCUUAGGGCAACAUCAGCUUACACAACAUGUUUAAACUUGAAAUAAUCUUACCUAUUGUACCUUCAAGACCAAUGGCCACCCAUCAAUAUGCAGAGGCUCACAUCAAAUAAGUAGUUUCCAAUUGAUUUAUCAUGUGAUUUUGCUGCUCUAAGUUUGCUGAAUAUAAAAGUUCACAAAGAUCAAUCAAUAUUUAGUGUAGAGUACACUAUUAUAAACUGCAUUCACCCUGAAGCUGUGCCUUACCCACUCCCAACAUACACUGUUUGUUGUGUUGCUCUUGUUGUCUUAAAACCAGUGUUACCUCAAUUUACUAUAUUAGAACUUCUGUUGGGGUAGGACUGAUCUUUUUAAUAUAUGUUUAAUUUCACGGCAGACUAGUUGUCUUGAAAAACUAUCAUUCCAAAGGAGCAAAACACCAAGGACAGCACUGUUAGAAAAGGGAUACAUGUUUAUGUUUUCAUUUGAGAAAUGAUUUGAUCUUUUUAUAUAUUGAUUGUUUGUUGAUUUAGCUUAGAAGGUGAUAGAUUUAAAGCUACAACCAAAGAGACCCAAUAGCCCAAAUAUUUGACCUUUUUUUUCUUCAUUUAGGCUUUAUGACAUCUUACAUAGCUUUUUAAAUCUAUUUUGAGUCGCUUCUUCUGUCUUGACUGCACUUUUGAUAAACCUGGCUGUCCCUCGUUCUGUCGUAAGAAAAUUCUCCAGGACAUGAGCAUAAUAUGUUAUAUACUGUGGGUGCAUACCUUAAUUGUUCAUAUUAUAGGACAUACAUUUUUUUGGUAUUAAUACUUCCAGUAGAACAAAUAAUAAAAUUGUAUUCUUCAUAAAAGUG